AUGGGCCUGGUGAUUCGCUGUUCUGAAAACGAUGCAACGCAACAGUCGCAUGUCACAACACCGCAACACCACACACCCAUCUGGCCCUCUCCUCUCUCCUGUCACUCUCACACACACACUCUCUCGGUGCAACCUAUGCUAAUCGCUGUGGCUCACGCUGCCUUUGUGCUUGCUUGUUGUGGUUGUGUCGUGUCGACUUGCACGCGUGCGUGCGGCGGCUGUCUCCAUUGCUGGGCUGCCGUUGUGUUCUGGCGCAUUCUCCUCCCGCCUACCUGCACCCCUGCACCCUUUGCCUCGCCCCCUUGCAGACCCCAACGCGCGCAACAGUUGCAGCUGCAAUCCAAAACCUCGAACAUAUCCUAG